CAGAGCGCGUGUUGUAAAGCCUCUGGUUUUUGGUCCGCAGACUGGUGGACUUCCCCUUCCGGAGGUUCUUUCAAAGAACGCUUCUUCCCUUUGUUUCUUUUCUUGUCUCUUUUUUACCUCUCUCAAUCUCUGCUUGGGGACAUUGCCCCCUGCUCUAUUAGACAGCAGAUGAGGGCGGUUCUUCGGUUUUGCAAGCAUGGCUGACGUCUCUCCCAGCGGUACGCGGGUCGUGCCUGUCAUGGCCGGCCAGAAGCACAACCCCAAGGUCACCAAAGUGACCAGAGAUACCCUCCACACCACUCCCAGGCAAUCACAGCCGAGGGAGUCCCAGGAGCUCUGGAAUGACCCGGAAUGUUUGAAUAUGCCCUGUCUGGAGGCCUUGGGCCUCUAUGCUUCCAACACCGUGGGAGAUGGCAAUUGUCUUUAUCGAGCUCUGUCGGACCAGAUGUAUGGAGAAUUCGACCACUUUGAAGAGAUCCGGAACCGGUUGGCCAACCAUAUCCAGGCCCAUCCGGAAUACUUCAUGAAUUUCAUGUCUGCGAUGGGUGGGGAGCGGAGGGCCCCCAGACGCGCAGCUGCGGCUGCUUCUCGAUCGUCCUCCUCGUCGGUGACCCCUGCACCGGCGACCAAGGAGCAGCAGAUGCAGAAGUUUGAGACCAGGGUCGAGGAGAGCCGGAAGAAUGGCUCCUGGGGAGGAUCCGAAGAGAUCCAGGCAUUUUGCCAAUCGUACAAACGAGACGUACGCGUCUACAUGGAUUCUGGGAUCCAAGACUUCCGUGAUGUUAGUGCUCCAGCGGACGAAGAAAGAGAGGUGGUCCACAUAGCCUUCCACAACUUCUACCAUUAUUCUUCGGUACGCAACAUCAAUGGCCCUCACACCGGUCUUCCCCAUAUUCCCAAUACCAAAGUGAAAGCCGACUCCCAGGUCGACAGUGUGAAAACGGAAAAGAGGAACGAAGAGAGUAAAGAUGCUACUGCUGGAGCAGUGGUGGAUAUGGCGGUGCCUUGGAAAAUUUCCAAGAUACAAGAAGGCCUGGGCGGAAAAUAUGACCGAGAGACCAUCGUGGAGAUGUUGCAACAAUGUCGUGGUGAUAUUGAGAGGGCGUUUGUCAAACUGCUGGACGAGGACACUUCGACUGACUCCUCUGUUAAACGCUCCUCUUCUCCGGCUACCACGGUCACCGACGCGUCUUCCUUCCAAUCGGUUGUCCCACAGCCUCAAUACAAGCAACGCUUGCGUCCCUCGUCGCGCUCUUCCUCCCGUCAUAGCACGUCAAGCAAGCGGUCCGCAGACGAUAGUGACGAUGAAAAGCUCACUUGUCGCCCCCGGCAGACCAGAGGGCGGGAACAGAAGAGACGGAUCUUGCCAAACGUCACAGUUGGAAUCAAUCUCCGUGAUGAGAAUCAGAACGACCUGGUUUCCCUACGCCUGAGGGUCAGCCCGGAUGUUGUUGCUGAACAGGCUGAUACCGCUGAGCCCGUAACGAAAACAGACGUCAGCGCGGAGGGCACGAAGAAAGGCGAGAACAAGAGGAACCUCCGCCCUCGCAGGCGCAUCCAGACCACUAGUGCGGAUUCUAGCAGCGAGUCUCAGCAGGAGUCUCUGCGGGACAAAGCCGUCCCAAAAAGAAAGUCUUCUCAGAGAAAUACCUGACAUACACAAAGCUGCCUGCGGUGACAAUGACUACCGCCAUGACCCUCCCUAUAUCCCCUUUCCUUUCCUUCCGUCUUUCACCUUCAAUACCCAGAUGCCGCAAUAAGGCGCGCACUUCUCUUUGUUUCGUCAUUUGACUGUCACAGCGACACAGCAUUGCAUGUAAUGCAUCAUGAUUGAGCCGCAUUUUUGAGCGCGUUGG